GAUACGUUAACCAAGCUGUUCUUGCCCUCCUCGUUCAUCGCGAUGAAACGCAUGAUCCAAGUGAAAUGGAAUAGUAUAUGCAUGUCACGUCUAAAUACAUACCACCCCAUUAACUUACAUGAAUCCUUCCUCAGACCCACCUCCAAGCCCGCCUCGCCAAUAUAAAGUGCCCGCGCACGCUCGUCCUCCUCAUCAUUCACUGCCAUCAAAACCAGCUCAAGCUGUCAAGCUCAUUCUCAUCAACUCCUCCUCCCAAAAAAACAAAGACCAAACCAUGAAGCUCCUCUUCGCGUUGCUGCUCUGCUGUCUUAUCCUGACCUCCAUCUUCAUGGAGCCUGCCCUCGCCAAGCCAGGGUUCUGCGAGAGCAAGUGCAGGGCGAGGUGUGCAAAGGCGAAGAAACAGGUGAGGUGUGAGAAGUACUGCAACAUCUGCUGUGCCGAGUGCAAGUGCGUGCCCUCCGGCACUUACGGCAACAAGCACCAGUGCCCUUGUUACCAAAAAAUGAGGAACUCCAAGGGCCAGCCCAAAUGCCCUUGAGACUUGGUAAUUCUUAAGGACAGCUCCUCUUGUCCUCUUCUGUACAAGACACCUUAGCCAGCCAGCUACCCAGUAAUAUUAUGUGCGACUCUCUGAGAUGUUGCUCAAUAAUAACAAGAACAAUAAGGACCAUGUACUGUCCUUGGUCAUUCUACUACGCUGUUGUUGUCACCUCUGUGACUGAGCAUUUGUGAAAGUUUAAUAGCAGUUUAAUU